UCUGACAGGCUCAGCCGCGCCUGGACACCAGUUACUUCCUCUAUCGGCAUCCUGCACACACGGGCCAUCUCCGAUACCGGUACCCCGUAGUCCUGCGGUGAUUGCGUGACAUAUCUCAAGGCAUAUCGUACGACAUCAGUAGAAGUCAGAAUUUGCACCAGUAUUUGAGUGAUUGAGACUUGUGUUUUUGAAUUCCCAGAUCUGAACAUGAAAUUUCGGGCGCAGUCCCCCGCAGCUCGGGGGUUUCUGCUAUCCUCUCCUUGGAAACAAGCGACAGUGCAGUUACCCUCCCAAUGUGCUGUUUUCCUUACGAGAAGAACUCACACGGUCGGAAAUAGAAACACGUCCUCGGGCACGCAGUAUGUGCAAAUUCCAGAGCACAUCAAAAUACACAUGUUCGUGCCCGAAUUGGAAAUCAUCCGCCACGACGAGCUCCGGGCACCUUUCAGGAAAUUUCUGGGCGAGUUCAUCUUGAAGCUUCUCGAAUUGCGGGCCAACGAAAUCCGUCUCGGCGCGAAAAACUCGAACCCAGAGUCACGACUCAAUAAUGACAAUGUAGUUCGAAUCAUGAAGGUAUCUUCCCGGCUCAGGCAGUUGUUUGACUUGAAUGGAGGCAACACCGAAGUGCUAGAUGCGAUGCUUCAGUCCCAGUCUGUUUUCGACGCGUUUGAAUCUAAAGUCGCUGCCAAAAAACAUACCCCCAUUGUCAAGGAUGGAUCUUCUGGUGCAAAAACACGUUUGCGUGUACACGGCCCUUAUGUUGAGACUCCCGAAUCCCUUGCGCUUCAUGACUAUGCCCAGGAAUUGCACAGCUUCAGGACUCACGGAUUGAAGUCAAGCUACGCGGAAAUUCUGGCCCAAUUAUUGCUCGAUUCGAUGGAACUGAAACUAACAGAGAUCGGUAUUCAAAGCGGUCGGGGCGCCAGAAGCCAGGAAAUUACCCAUGGAAUCUCGCAGAAAAACUGUGCUCGCUACUUCAUAUUGCUUUCGAAAUUACAAAGGCUUUUUGCUUGCAAUGGUGGCAACACUGCCAUUCUAGACAUGCUUUUGCAGUCACACAAUGUUUUUGAACUCGGCAACAAGGGGGCUGAACCAGCCAAAUGCACAGAUAUGCCGGCCAGCACACGGGCACCUACGAGGGAGGGCACGGAGAACGCACCUUAUAAACAAGUGCCCGAUGACGUCUUUUUGGAAGAGUAUUGUAUGGAGCUCAGCGAGGUGAAAGACAAACUCGGCUCGCCAUUCGCUGCUGCCUCGAUGUCUGAAAUCUUGCAGGCAGUAAGUGAACUCGCUAAGGAACACGCUCUGUCUGGGACAGGGCUAAUCUACUCCAAACUUUAUCGCAAUCUCGUCGUGCUUUUCAAGCACAACGGUGGUGAGACUUCUAUCUUAGAUACGGUCUUGGUCAGCGCCGCUGUUUUCGAAAGGCUCGAGGACGAACUAGAUAUGAGCCCAGAACCUGCUAUGCUGAAGGCCCCACAGGGCUCGCAAAACAUCUAUCGGGGCAUGGACCACGUCCUCGAUCUUUUGAACAAAGCUAGCAUGCCAAGGGAAAACUGCACAAAUUUGUUUGAAAACGAGGAACGCACUAUCCAAUCUGCGCUAGCCCAGGCCAUGAGCAAGGAGGAAAAAAGCGUGUUCAACACAGACCCCUUGGAGUACGAGGAGAUUGUGAACUUGACCUCCGACAAGAUCAGGCGCACGUACCGCCAAACAUCAGAUGCUGGCAAUCUGAAGCAAGUGCAAAGAAACGAGAUCGAGAAGUAUCUCAAGCAAAUCAAGCACAACAAGCAAACCGCAGACGAAAACAAAUGGCGUGAGCAGACGGCCUUCGAGUGGAGCAGCUCGUUGUACAAAAACCACCGGUCUUUCGAAGCCCGCAAUUUCUUCAAUCCCAUCUGGCCGCCAAAGAGCGUGAGCUUUCCCAUGUUUCCUGGCACGGGCGAAGAGCAAGAGUACCUCAUCCUCACGUCCAAUGGCCAGCGGUUCCACACUCAGAGAAACCCGCUCGGAAUGAAUCACGUGCCGGAGGACAUGUUCGCCAUUCUCCAGACACUUUCUGAGGAUGAUUUGGCCAAGUUCCUGCGGCAGGUGGAGAAAUUGCGGAAAAAGGGCUGGAGGCUCAUAGGCUCGGGCCACACCCAAGGAAUGCUCGUGUUGAGCAGAGAGCUCACCCGUCGCGGCUUUGGACUCGGUAAACUCAUCAAGUUCAUCUCGAUAUCUUGCGCGUUCUGUUUCGCUGCGUUGCUAUCAGCGAACUGGUUGGUCGAAGAUCAAGCAAUAGACCGACACUUGGACGAGGCCGACCCAGACUGCGAGUCUUCUGGGAACGACGGGCUUCGGAAUAUCAGUGAGGACCUGAAACGCCAGGAUUUGACCGAGCAAGCGGCCCCGAAAUCCCGUUGGCAGAGACUCUUCUGGGCGUAACUGGCGAAACACAGCAUAUGGCGAGUGUUUCUCGCGAAGCGCCGUAUAUUCCGAGUGUUUUUGCGAAGCACAAAGCCUGCCUGGGCCCCCAGCCCCACACGUCUAUUGAUGGCUUCAUCGCCCGACAGGGUAUGCGCUACGAACAUAAAAAAAGCGUUUAUCGAAUACUUAGUCCAUGGCGUCUGGGGCCUCGUGCGGCAGCUCAGUCACCAAGGUGAAUUUCCAAGCGGACAGCGAGCCGCUCGUGCCGUUCCAGUU